UGAGAGAAGGAGGAGUAUGUAUUUUCUUUUACUUGACCAGCGUUCUAUUCACCGCACUUUUACUUUUCGGCUUUUUGCUUUUCUUCUAUUUCGUUUUUCGUGAAUCCAUGGACGCGUUCAGCAGUAAAAAAUCAUUCACAUUAGAAUCUUUUUAUCAACUUUUACGCGGACGAAUAUUCUAUGGCAACGUCGACUAUUCGCAAUGGUUAAUGCAUUGCAUUGAUAAUGCUUCACUUCCUAUUCCUGCCGUGUUUGGACUUGCAAUCAAAGAGUUCGUUCACAGUCGAACGAAUUCAGAAAAUCCCUGAAGAGGUGCUACUGCCAUAUUUCGAAAACACGAGCGAAAUAACGACACCUCAAGUUCUCUUGACACUGUAUAUAUUAAAGUUUCACGACACGAUCAUUUCGUUCAAGACAGAUCAGAAACUUAUAGUUACAGCGCACUUUGAACAGCAAGAAUAUUCGGCCUCAUUUGUCGGUCGGAUACCAAUACGACUGGUGCUGAACCAUAUCGAACAUUAUAAAGGAGGAUCUGCAUACCGAGGGAUCUAUAGAGAUUUCAUUGCUUCCGCUGCAAAUCUUUAUCCAGAAUUAUUUGAUGUGACAAGUUUAUUAUUACAAGAAGGAAAGCAAGACUCCAUUGUAUCUCACAGGUAAGAAAAAAAAAGCAGUGUUAGGGCAAUCAUCCUUAGUG